CUCCUCCUUGUCUCCCCUACAGCCCAAAUUGAAGUUAUACCAUGCAAAAUCUGCGGGGACAAGUCAUCAGGGAUCCACUAUGGAGUCAUCACAUGUGAAGGAUGUAAGGGCUUCUUCAGGAGAAGUCAACAGAACAACGCCGCAUACUCCUGCCCGCGGCAGCGCAACUGCCUGAUCGACCGGACCAAUCGGAACCGAUGCCAGCACUGUCGACUGCAGAAGUGCCUGGCGCUGGGCAUGUCCAGGGACGCGGUGAAGUUCGGCCGCAUGUCCAAGAAGCAGCGCGACAGCCUGUACGCGGAGGUGCAGAAGCACCAGCAGCGCCUGCUGGAGCAGCGGCAGCAGCAGACGGGCGAGGCCGAGGCGCUGGCCCGCGUCUACUCCGGCGGCCUCACCAACGGCCUGGGCGCCCUGAACCACGAGCUGACCGGCGCCUACGCCAAUGGACACCUCAUCGACAUGCCCAAGAAUGGCCAGAACGGCAUCGGCGGCGGCGUCCCCAACGGGCCGGCUGGCGGGUUCUACGGCAUGGACUCGACCCAGCCGUCGCCGGACCAGUCGGGCCUGGACAUGGCCGGCAUGAAGCAGAUCAAGCAGGAGCCCGUCUAUGACCUGACGCCCGUGCCCAACCUCUUCAGCUACGGGGCCUACCAGGACGGCCAGCUCACGCCGGGGGUCUCCAUGAGCGAGCUCGAUCGCAUUGCUCAGAACAUCAUAAAGUCUCACUUGGAGACUUGCCAGUACACGGCGGAGGAGCUGCAGCAGCUAGCAUGGCAGACGCACUCCUACGAGGAGGUCAAGAUGUACCAAAGCAAGACGCGAGAAGCCCUGUGGCAGCAGUGUGCGAUUCAGAUCACCCACGCCAUCCAGUACGUGGUGGAGUUUGCCAAGCGCAUCACAGGCUUCAUGGAGCUCUGUCAGAAUGACCAGAUCCUGCUCCUCAAGUCAGGGUGUCUUGAGGUGGUGCUGGUCCGGAUGUGCCGAGCAUUCAACCCCCUCAACAACACCGUGCUGUUCGAGGGGAAAUAUGGCGGCAUGCAGAUAUUCAAAGCACUAGGCUGUGACGAUUUGGUGAGCGCAGUCUUUGACUUUGCCAAGAGCCUGUGUUCUCUACAACUGACAGAGGAGGAGAUAGCACUCUUCUCGGCAGCCGUCCUCAUUUCCACAGAUCGGCCAUGGCUGAUGGAGCCGAGGAAGGUCCAGAAGCUCCAGGAGAAGAUCUACUUUGCUCUGCAGCACAUCAUGCAGAAGAACCACAUGGAUGAGGACGCUCUGGCCAAGCUGAUUGGCCGAAUCCCCACGUUGGCUGCCCUGUGCACGUUGCACACCGAGGAGCUGCAGGCCUUCCAGCAGCUCCACCCUGAGACGGUCAACGCCCUCUUCCCCCCCCUCUACAAGGAGCUCUUCAAUCCCGACGCCGCUGCCGCCCUGCCCAAGUGAUCCCCUCCCCUGCCCCC